AUGGAGCAGGAGCGCUCGUCACCGCCAUCGCAAGCAGCAGCGACGAUGAACCUCUCGCUGGACCUGGCGCCGGCGGCACACGGCGAGGAGACGGACGAAGUGGCGGUGCCGACGAGGUCCGUCGGCGGGAAGCAGGUGCGCCUGUUCCCCUGCCUGUUCUGCAACAAGAAGUUCCUCAAGUCGCAGGCGCUCGGGGGCCACCAGAACGCGCACAAGAAGGAGCGCGCCGCCUGCUUUAAUGCCUACGUCUACGACCACGAGUACCACCACGCCGCAGCGCCGCCGCCGCCGCCGCCGGACUGCCGCCGCGGUACCACCGACGCUUCCAUGUCCGUCGCGAUCCUCUCGUCGCACGGCGGCCCCGCCGGCGCCGGCGUCAAGCUCGAGAUGCCUGACGACGGUGGCGCGCCGCCUUACUACGUGGACCACGUGGUGCUCCCAGCGGCGGCACCCUAUCACCCCUGCACCAAGCGCGACGACGACGACACUGUGUACAACAUGCGCGUCUGGAAAAGGACCUCCCAUACCCCAAGCUCUGCCGCCCCACCGCGGAGCGCCGGCACCAAGACCGCAUCCUCCAGCGCCGGCGAGGAAAUGGACCUCGAGCUUCGACUCUAG